AUGGACUGUCCGUCACACUUCUUGCUGCAGAUCACCCUGAAGACAGAGGGGCGCCCCGACAUUCGCUUCCUGGCCAACUCCUAUGUUGAUGGGCAGAGGACGUUCUUUGCUGACACAGCGCUGCCGAAAGACACGCCAGGCGGACUGAUGAGUGACCUGCGGCAGCGGGAGCUGAUCGAUUUAAGGGUGACGGACAACAAGACGCGCAAGGGGAACGAGCGCAUCUACGACUUCGACGUCUACAACGACCUGGGCACCGACAAGGACGUGCGGCCGGUGGUGGGCGGCAGCAGCGAGUACCCGUACCCGCGCCGCCUCCGCACCGGUCGCCGCCUCUACCCCGGGGACCCCCCCGUGUAUGAGGCGCGGUGA